GGCCGAAAUAGAUCAAGAACUCAUAAUGGAGAGCGUGCCAGAAUCAUAUAUUCAGCCAAUAGAAAAAAGACCAAAUACCAUAAUCUCCCCACUCUGCGAUUCCAUUCCAAUCAUCGAUCUCCAUUCCCUCCCUUCAAACAGAUCAAAUCUCAUCGAUCAAAUCAUAAAAGCUUCCCAAGACUACGGAUUCUUCCACUUAAUAAACCAUGGAAUCUCCAGUGAGUUAAUGAAAGACAUGCCGUCGCUGGCAGAAGAGUUCUUUGCACUUCCACCGGAGGACAAAACAAGAUUCUACUCCUCUGAUGAUCCUAACCAAACUUGUAUACUGAAACAAAGCGUGGAUUAUGCUAAAGAAAAGGUUCAUUUCUGGCGAGAGAAUUUCCGACACUCAUGUUAUCCACUUCAGAAUUACAUCGAAGAUUGGCCGACGAAUCCACCCAGAUACAAGGAAGUGGUUGGGAAUUACGCUGUUCAAGUAAGGGAAACCAGCAUUUUGAUUCUUGAUUUGAUUUGCGAAGGAUUGGGUUUGGAGAAUAAUGGUUAUUUGAAGGAAGGGUUUAGUCAACAACAGCUUAUAACGUUAAAUCAUUACCCAAAAUGCCCAGAUCCAACGUUGGUGUUGGGAUUGCCUAAGCAUUGUGACCCACAUGUCAUCACUUUACUUAACCAAGGAGAUGUUCCUGGCCUUGAGGUUUAUAAAGAUCAAGAAUGGUUUUCUGUGAAGCCAAUCCCUAAUGCAUUUGUUGUUAACAUUGGUUACACUUUGGAGAUCAUCAGCAAUGGGAAGUUGAAGAGUGGGGUUCAUAGAGUGGUGACGAAUCCGGACAAGGCUAGAACAACAAUUGUGAACUUCAUUUUACCUUCAACUGAUUCCCAUAUUGAGCCGGCGAAAGAGCUGGUCGAACGCAGCAAGAGUCCACCGGCGUUCAAAGGUGUCAUCCUUAGGGAUUUCUUUACUACCUAUGCAAUUGAUCUUCACGAGGGCACUGACCCAUUGCAGCGUUACAUCUUCGGAUCACCCUAAUUAAUGUAUGUAUGUUAUGUUAUGUCAAAUUAAACAUAAAAAAAAAAAAAAAAAAAAACUGUAAUGUGCAUUUGUUUGUUUGUUUUUUUUUAUUUUAAAUAAUGG